AUGAGAUUUUCUUUUAUGGUUACACUGACAACGUGUUCUGUGGUAUCAAACCUCUCUCUCUCUCUCUCUCUCUCUCUAUCUAUCUCUCUCUCUCUAUCUAUCUAUCCAUGUUCGGGUUUUAUUUUGUUUUAUUUUAUACCAUCUUUUUCUUUUUUUCUUUUUGAUUUCUCUUUUUAUUUUGCUACAUUUAUCUAUUUUUUUCAUUUUUCCUUUAUUGUUCUUUCCUUUAUUUUAUCUUUUUCCUUUUUUAUUCUGCUUCAUUUUAUCCUCUCUUUCGUACAUUUCCUUCUUCUUACAUUUUCUUUUGUUCUUACUUAUUUUAUUUCUUUUUAUAUUUUCUUUCUUUCUUUGUUACAUUUUCUUUCUUUCUUUGUUACAUUUCCUUUCUUUUCGCAUUUUCUUUCUAUCUCUCUUUUCUUACAUUUUCUUUCUUUCUUUCUCAUUCUUUUUCAAUUUUCAUUCUUUCUUUAUUAUUUUCUUUCUUUCUCUCUCAUUUUAAAUUUUCUUUCUCUCUUUUAUACAUUUUCUUUUGCUUUUCUUGUAGUUUUCGUUUUCCCUUUUUCGUCUUUUUCUUUGUUUUGUUUUUCAUUUUUAACUCUUCUGUUCUUUUUUUUGAUAUUUGAUAUUUUUCUUUUCUUCUCUUUCCUCUCUUUUGUCUUCCUUUGCCAUUUUACGCCUGCAUUUUCUUUCUUUCUUUCUUUCUUUCUUUCUUUCUUUUCUAUUAUGCAUUAUUACGAAAAUUUAUUCUGUUUUCUGCAUUUUCGUUCAAUUAAACAACCGCCUUCUCUUAUCUAUCUAUCUAUCUAUCUAUCUAUCUAUCUAUCUAUCUAUCUAUCUAUCUAUCUAUCUAUCUAUCUCAGUCUCCUCCUAUCUAUCUAUCUAUCUAUCUAUCUAUUCUAUCUAUCUAUCUAUCUAUCUAUCUAUGUCAGUCACUUGAUAUCUAUCAAUCUAUCUAUUGCUUUCUAA